AUGCAUUUCUGACAACUAUAUAAGCGGUUCCCUCCCUUCCACUUUGGGAAACCUCUCUGCGCUCGUCAACCUUGUUCUCAACAACAAUUUUUUAUCGGGAUCCAUUCCAGAGUCUCUUAGCAAUCUGCAGAAACUCCAGUACUUGAGUCUUGACUUGAAUAUGUUCAACGGCUCCAUCCCAGACACCCUCGGCAACCUGCAAAAGUUGACACGCGU